UCUGUCUCUGUCCGUCCCUUAUGCCCAACCCAUUCACACCGUCAGACGCGGGUGAGUUUGAACGACUGAAGAAUCAUAUCCAAAACUGAGCGUCCGCAGCGACGCCAUGAUCUAUUCUGCAGCCGCGGUCUCAUCGUUUUUCGUCCGCUGAAUGAGAUAGAAAAGCCUCUGGAGGACAGCAGGGAAAAAAAGGAGACAAGAAGAUAGCAGUGAUUCUGUUGGUAUUCGAUUCGUUAUCUGGCAUAACAUAUGCUGCGGCCACUCACCCCGUCAACCUCACUCGCACCCCCUUUAAUGAAACCAGAAAGCUGAAGAGCAGAAUUGGAGACCAAAAUAAGAGAAAUAAAAAAAGAGAGGGCAUAAAAAAGAGAUCACAAUGGCCAAAUCAAUCAGCUCACCCCCAAAGGUCGACGAUGUCAUCGUCACCGCGCCUCGUCCACACAUACUCCUCGUGACCAUCAACCGCCCCAAGCAGCUCAACUGCAUCCGCAACGACAUGCACUUCCAGCUCGAGCGCCUCUGGAAGUGGUACGACGCCGAGCCCUCGCUGCGGUGCGCCAUCAUCACCGGCAUGGGCCGGGCUUUUUGUGCUGGCGCGGAUCUCAAGGAGUGGAACGAACGCAAUGCCCACCCGGAGGAACAGUCCAAGAAGACGCCCGAGAGCGGAUUUGGCGGACUCAGCAACCGCCGCGGCAAGAAGCCCAUCAUCGCCGCUGUCAACGGCCUGUGCCUGGGCGGCGGCAUGGAGAUGAUCAUCAACACCGACAUGGUCAUCGCCACUGUCGAUGCCCGCUUUGCGCUGCCAGAGGUUGCCCGCGGCGUAGUGCCGAUUCAGGGCGCGCUACCUCGUCUCAUUCGCUCCGUCGGCAUGCAGCGCGCAUCCGAGAUGGCCCUGCUGGGCAGAAUCUACAAGGCCGAUGAGAUGUUGCGGUGGGGACUGGUCAACCAUGUGAUUGUGCGCGGCGGCGACGUGGUUGGCGAGGCCCUCCAAUGGGCCAUUGAGCUGGCCAAUAACUCUCCAGACUCCGUCAUCGUGGUUCGCGAGGGCCUGCAGGGUGGCUGGGAGCCAGAGAAUCCCAAGGAGAGCACCGAUCGCGUCCUAGCAGAAGUCUACCCUCAGAUGGACGGGGGAGACAACAUGACGGAAGGCUUGCGGGCCUUUGUAGAGAAGAGGAAGCCGAUCUGGAAGGAUAGCAAGCUAUGAGAUGGAAAGAACCUGUCAUGGUGCCCCCUCUGUCCGUCUAGCAGGAAAUUGUAUGGUGGAAUGUCUCAGUCUAUGCGUCUUGGUGAUGCAAUACAUAUGAGCAGGUUGAGGAUCGAUCGCAGCAGACACCAUACUCCGUAUUUCGAAAUGUACAUAUGACUCGUCUAGUGUUGGCAUGUUAGUAUAGCAAAGCUCCGUCCUGCCCAGCAAAUAAUCUCGCAUGUACGAAGCUGCCUAUAGCUAGCAUCCCUUGUCUAAGAACAUAUGCUUUGUUAAUAUAGGCGGUCAGAGCAGCAGUGCUAUGCAUGCAAAGUACACUGCUCUCGCCUUGGUUAGAGUACCAGGCACGAGUGCGGAGUGUGUACU